UCUGGGAGGAGGGCGCGCUUUCGGUUGCUGUGAGGAGGUUGCCUCGGACGCCUAGACUGCGGGAGAGGAUGGAAGGGGUGCGCCCGCGUCCACCCCGGAUUCUUCCUCCAGUACCAAGUGGAGAACAAGAUGAAAUUCCUCUUAGUCGUCCCAAAAAGAAAAAAGUCAAGAAAAACUCUUUAGAUGGCUUUGGUCAAGUUGCUGUAUCUGAAAGCAAUGAGCCUCUGACCUCUGAAACGCAGGAUGUUCCAUCUCAGAAGAAGCGCAGGAAAAAGAAGGCACCUCUAGAAUCUGAAACAUCAUUUACUGAACAGAAUGGAAAUGACAUGGAUACUUCACCAGUGGAAGAAACCAUAACUCGUAAACAAUGGAAAAAUGUUAGGAAAACCCGGCCUGCAGAAAGUUCCAGUGAAUUGUGUGUGGAGGAUGAAGAUAUAAUUGAGGAUGAGCAAGUAAAAGGCACAGAACAACGUUCUGUGUUUUCUGCUCCUACUGGGGUUAGCCAACCUGUUAGCAAAGUGUUUGUUGAAAAAAAUCGGCGUUUUCAGGCCACAGAUCGCAAGGAUUUGAUUAAAACUACUGAACACGUUCAAGUGUUUAUGGAUGUAAAGGCUUCUUGGACUACUAAGGAUGUGGCACUUUCAGUUCAUCGUGGUUUUAGGGUAAUUGGAUUUUUUACUCACGGCUUUCUCGCUGGCUAUGCUGUGUGGAACAUCAUAGUGAUUUAUAUUCUGGCAGGAAAUCAGUUUUCAACCCUUUCAAAUUUGCUACAGCAGUACAAGACUUUGGCAUAUCCUGCUCAAUGCCUCCUUUAUUUUUUACUUACAAUUAGUACCGUUUCAGCUUUUGACAGAAUCAAUUUGGCUAAAGCAGCAGUGGCAGUACGCAGUUUUCUUACAUUGGAUCCAGCAGCAAUUGCUUCUUUCAUGUAUUUUGCUGCUCUUAUCUUGUCCCUGAGCCAACAAAUGACAAGUGACAGGAUCAACUUGUACACACCAUCUUUAGAAAAUGGUAGCCUUUGGAUUUCAGAUGAAGAAAAACAGAUUCUUCAGCCUUGGAUUGUGGUUAAUCUUGUGAUAGCUAUUCUUGUUGGGAUCUCCUGGUUCUUUUUGUCAUAUCGGCCUCAGCUGGAUCACAGUGAAGAGCUGAUGUUUAAUGGUGAAGUGGAAGAAUAUCCCCUCCCGGACAAAGAAGCUAAAGUGUCUUCUUAGCACAGGCAACUUCUUCAAUUUCAUAAGAUGCUUCAGUCAUUUAUACUUGCAUGUAAUAUUUUUUUACACUUUUUAAACAUUUAAUUUGAAUGAAUUUUGUAAUUAUGCUAUUUACAUGUUAUACAAUAAUA